GGAAAAUUGCCUUCUACUUGUUGAUAUGGUGGCCAAGUUCUUUCGGUACUGCUAACAUUCCUCGCCCCUGUCCCUCUACCUACGCUCGUCCAUUUACUACUCGUUUUAAAAGGGGCGAUCUGAAACGUUCACGAACAUGGCACCGGUCGACCUCGACCUCUCGUUCGACGACGUAGAAUACGGGGCGGCGCGUUCGCGUUCGCGUUCGAGCUUGAGCGACCGCAGCGGCUACGAUACGGCACCUUCAAUUCUCUCUCCUUCAGGUAAAGCAGGCAUAAGUGAACCGGUACUAGCUGCUGCGGAAGAGAGGCAAGACAAAACAAGAAGUGCAACAGCCGACGCCAGCUCUUCGUCCGAUAAGAUCGGCACGGACCCGGAGUCGCAGCAGGACGGCGUCGAUCUCUCAUCCCCAUAUCUGCCGCACCAUCCCGAAAAUGAGACCCGCGUUGCAGCUAUUGCGGGAGAGCGGAAGGAUUAUGGGCACCUCGACUUCGAAGGGCUCGACCCAGAUUUGGUCAGGACGUUAAUCAAAGAUGAAGGCGUUAGGCAAGGCUUGAACCAAAGGCAUCUCCAGCUUAUUGCAUUGGCUGGGGCGAUCGGCACUGGUCUCUUCCUUUCCACCGGCUUUUCUCUACAACAAUCUGGCCCCCUCGGUCUGUUGCUCUCUUUCAUCCUUGUCGGCACCUUUGUCAUCGGUAUAGUCCUAUGCCUCAGCGAAAUGGCCUGCUUGGCGCCUACGUCAGGCUCCUAUAUCCGCUUCACAAGCAUGUUUGCGGACAAGGCACUCGGUUUUGCAACGGGACUAUGUUUAGUCUUUGGGUGUGCUAUCACGCUUCCCACCGAAAUCGUUGCAUGUGUUGUCCUGGUACAAUAUUGGACCUACUUUGCGCCAGCGUUGUUUGUCACGGUAUUCGCUAUUCCCCUCAUUUUGACGAAUCUGACCUUCGUGCGAUGGUACGGGGAACUCGAAGCAUUUUUUGCCAUGCUCAAAAUCCUCCUCGUCGUUAUUCUGGUUAUCACCGGCAUUGUCAUCGAUGCUGGAGGCGGGCCAAACGGCCAAGUAAUAGGUGUGGCUUAUUGGCACAACCCGGGACCCUGGCAGAAGUACCUUGUUCAAAGCGGAGCUGGAUACUGGUAUGGCUUUUGGAGCUGCUUAAUCAAUGCUGCAUUUUCCUACGCUGGAGUCGAAAGCGUAGCGAUGGCCGCUGCCGAAACCAAAUCUCCACGCCAAAACAUUCGCAAGGCGGCGAAACGUGUCUUCUUUAGGGUAUUCUUCCUUUACAUUCUAUCUCUGUUCAUCGUCACGCUCAUUGUUCCAAGCGACGACGAACGCCUCAAUACUGACAGUGGGACUGCAAGUCAGAGUCCUUUCGUGAUUGCCUUUCAGCGGGCUGGCAUCAGCGUGUUGCCUUCCUUCACCAACGCCAUUGUCCUUACUAGCGCAUUCAGCUCUGGCAAUCAAGCCGUCCUGUCAGGCUCUCGUGCCUUGCUCGGUCUUUCGCUCGACGGCCUGGUGCCCAAAUUUUUCCGACGAACGAAUCGAUUUGGCACGCCAUGGAUCGCCGUCUUAACUGUUUGCUCACUCAUCCCUCUUGCAUACACCGUGGUCAGCAGCGAAGCUACGUCAGUUUUCUUCUAUUUGACAUAUCUCAGCGCAAGUGGCACUCUAUGGAGCUGGACUGCGAUAUCCGUGGCGUAUCUGCAAGUUUACUAUGGCAUGAAGAAGCAAGGCAUUUCCAGAGACUCCCUCCCUUACAAAUCGCCGCUGCAACCAUACCUGACCUGGUGGAGCCUUUGUGGCUGUUUAUUUAUCCUCAUCACGUCUGGUUUCAAAAACUUUGUGCAGCCAAGCAAAAAUUUCGACGUUCAAUCCUUUCUUUCGUCAUACCUAACCCUUUUCAUCAACCUCAGCCUGUUCAUCAUCUGGAAAGUGGUCAAGAAAACGCGAUGGCUCCGGCUGCAAGAUGUGCCGGUCAUGCCUUGGCUUAUGCAAUUCCAACAAAACCCUGAAACACCGCUUAAGCCAGAUGGAGGGUGGAGGAGGAUUGUCACGAUUCUCUGGGCAUGAUGAUUAUUACGCGUCCCUUCAAGGUGUGCUACUCUGUCGAAGCUGGUUUGAAUAUCACUCUGGUCGUGACCAUACAUCUGAAUUUUAACCCAGGCGGUUUUUGUGCUACGAUAAAUUCGUAGAGAGAUAGUUGCGUGUGGCGUGCGUAGAAAGAACACAGCUGUAGUAUCGACGCCAGCCUGAGGCGCGUCUG